ACUGUGCAGGGAGGUAAGAUCCGACUCUCCCGUUGGCUGCGGACAACCUGCGCCCUUCGUCCCUGGGAGGGCAUCUGCCGCCCGCCCUCUCAGGUAACGGGCACUUCUCCCUGGUGGUGAGUGGCAGGCAAAAAAAAAAGAAAAUAAAAAGAAAGAAAAGAAAAGGUCUGGUCCCAAACCGUCGUUUUUGGCGUUCCAUUACUGGCGACGGAAUUCCUCCCAGAGCUGAGCGACAGAGGAAGGGAGGGCGAGUGCAUCCGCUGGCCCCCAUAACAGGGGGCUGGCUGGGUGCAAUCCCCACCCUUGAGGUCUACCCCUGCUUCUCUCUGAGGAGAGACAACAUGAGUCCAUUGUUGUUUCCAGAUGUUGGACGUUCGCGCCUAGUUUAUUUUUCAGAUAGGAUUAACAGCACCAUUGGUUCUCCAAAUGGGACGUACUGCUAUCGUACUGCACGCGGAAGUACUGUGCUUCAAGGUGUAACCUUCGGUGGUGUGCCUACUGUCCUUCUGCUUGAUGUAACUUGCUUUUUGAUUUUAAUCUUGGUGUUCUCUAUUAUAAGGAAAAGAUUCUGGGAUUAUGGUCGUAUUGCGCUUGUAUCAGAAGCGGAGAGUGAAACAAGAUAUCAUAGAUUAUCUGCUUCCUCAUCAGUGUCGGAUAGACUGGACCUUGACACGGGUUUUUGUUCUUGGAUGGCAGCUGCCUUUCGAAUGCAUGAUGAAGAGUUCCAGGAAAAAUGUGGAGAUGAUGCCAUUCACUAUCUCACCUUUCAGCGCCAUCUCAUCUGCCUAUUGAUUGUUAUCACCAUUUUGUCUUUGUGUAUUAUACUUCCAGUCAAUCUGUCAGGUGACUUACUUGAAAAAGAUCCUUAUAGCUUUGGGAGGACUACUAUAGCCAACUUACAAACUGGAACCAAUCUCCUCUGGCUUCACACAAUGUUUGCUGUUAUCUAUCUGGUUUUGACAGUCCUCUUCAUGAAGCAUCACAGUAACUCCAUCACAUAUAAAGAAGAAGACCUAGUAAAACAUACGCUGUUCAUAACUGGCCUUCCCAAAAGUGCUCAGAAAAAAACCCUAGAAAACCACUUUGCUGAAGCAUAUCCGACCUGCAGUGUGAAAGAGGUCAACUUAUGUUAUGAUGUAUCCAAACUUACCAAGCUGUACAAAGAGAGAAAAAAGGCAGAGAAAAGUGCGGUUUAUUAUACCCACAUGUAUCAGAAAGAUGGAAAACGGUUUCUCAUAAACCCAAAACCACUCGGGCAGUUGUGUUGUUGUGAAAUCAAAGGCUGUGAAAAGGAGGAUGCUAUAGAUUACUACACUAGAGUUGCCAAUAAAUAUUUUGAAGAAUAUAUGAAAGAGGAGGCAGUUAUUUAUGAUAAGCCAUUGGGAAUGGCUUUUGUUACAUUCCAGGAGAAAUCCAUGGCAACAUAUAUUCUAAAAGAUUUCAAUGCCUGUAAAUGUCAAGGUUUUAUAUGUAAGGAACCACCUCAGCCAUCAGCCUUCAGCAAAGAACUGUGCAUUUCAAAGUGGAAUGUUGCAUAUGCUACCUAUCCACAGAACAUUUGCUGGACCAACCUCUCAGUUCAAGGGCUAAACUGGUGGUUUCGAUGGCUUUGCAUAAAUUUGUUGCUUUUUCUUGUGCUCUUUUUCCUGACCACACCUUCCAUCAUUAUUUCAACUAUGGAUAAGUUCAAUGUAACCAAGCCCAUUCAUUAUCUUAAUAACCCUGUUGUUAGCCAGUUCUUCCCUACAGUCCUUCUGUGGUCCUUUUCAGCUUUGCUGCCAACUAUUGUCUAUUUCUCGACACUAUUAGAAUCACACUGGACAAAGUCUGGUGAAAACAGAAUAAUGAUGCAUAAAAUCUACAUUUUUGUGAUCUUCAUGGUGUUAAUUCUGCCUUCACUUGGUUUAACCAGUCUGGAUUUCUUCUUUCGUUGGUUGUUUGACCGAGAAUCUGCUGAAUCUAAAGUGAGAUUAGAGUGUGUCUUCCUGCCAGAUCAGGGAGCCUUCUUUGUGAAUUACGUGAUAGCAUCAGCUUUCAUUGGUAAUGGAAUGGAACUACUCCGUUUGCCUGGCCUCAUCCUUUAUACCUUUCGCAUGAUGUUGGCCAAAUCUACUGCUGAAAGAAAAAAUAUUAAACAGCAACAAGCAUUUCAGUAUGAGUUUGGAGCAAUGUAUGCCUGGACGCUAUGCGUGUUCACAGUCAUUAUGGCUUACAGCAUCACAUGUCCCAUUAUUGUCCCAUUUGGAUUAAUUUAUAUGCUGAUGAAGCAUACAGUUGACCGCCACAAUCUGUACUUUGCGUACCUCCCUGCUAAACUAGAGAGGAAGAUGCACUUUGCAGCUGUGACUCAGGCCAAUGCAGCUCCAAUUCUCUGCCUGUUUUGGUUGCAUUUCUUCUCUUUUUUGAGAUUAGGUUUUAGAGCACCCACAACUGUGUUUACAUUCCUGGUUGUCAGUGUAGCAAUUGUUUUUUGCAUAGUUUCCACUUGUUAUGCCUGCCUGAAAUACCUGAGCCCCCUCAAUUACAAGCUAGAAGACUCUGUUGCUGAAAAAGGAAGCGAGACGGAAAUAGUAACUGGAAAGGUUUCUAUAUAUCUCCCUCAUGUUCUGGUUCCCAGUUCUUCUGAAAGGUCAGAUCUGUUGCAAUUGGGCGUGCUGAGCUAUGGUGCCAUGGGAAACACCACCACAGCUGUGGGAGAAGACCCUUUUUGUGAGAACAUGAUAUCAUGUCUGUCAACAUAGAAUGCAAAACCCUUGAAUGCCAGCUGUAAUUCAUGCAGCUCCUGUGCUGGGGUCCUGGGCCAGCUUUCUUCCUGCCAGCAUGUAAGCCGUCAUCUCUUGGGAAGUGUGUGAAUUUAAUCCAGAUGCCUUUUGACUGCCUACACAAAGGAUUACUUUCUAAUCUUCACGAAGGAAUGCAGCAGAAGGGGCCUACAGCUGGCCAAAAAAUGUGUCUGAUUGCUUUUCUAUUUGGUACAUCUCCACAAGUAAUCUGUCUUAAUCUAAAACUGUUUAGUCUGUUUGAUUAACUGUUUGACUAUUUGGUACUACUUGGGGCCCCCUUGUUGGCAGGCAAGCCCGUGGCAAGACAGUGAAUAUUGUCUAUUAGUCUCAUAGUCAGUUCAAACUAAGAUGGAUGCCAAAUCUUAAUUCUGGAUUUUGAUACCAAGAGAGGGGCUUUGUCUGAACAUACUUUCCCACUCCCAAUCAAUAUACACAGCCGCUAGCAACACCUUUCCUGCAGCUUCGACCAUUGUCAUCUGUAUAACAAAACCCCAGUCCUAGAAAAGAUACACAAAAGAUAUACAAAUACUAAUCAGCCUUAACACAAUCAGUUUUCCUGAGGCCUUUCUUCCUUAGCUGAUCCUAUCCCACCCUUCCUGUCCAACUACCAGAGGAGCAUCAAAUCUGAAUCGGAAUGCCCUGAGUUGUAAAUUCAUCAGCUCUACCUAAAAUAUAAUCAAAAACAGGACUAUCCCCGACUCCGACUCAUCUAAGCCAGUUUUCCACUAUAUUAUUCUCUCCUGGAACUCAGUUUUGUAUAGGAAGAUUGCCUCUCUUAGCAUUGACAGAGGGUCACAAUUUCCUGUAUCUGGCCUGCCCAAACAAAGGUCCCUUGCCAUGUGUUCUGUGGAUUACUUUUGGUUCAGUUACACUGUGUGCCCGAAGUCUUUCUCCGCAUCCAGUGUAAGCAUUAGAUUCUGCCUCCUUGGACCUUCCUCUUCUGAAUUAAGUAAAAUCACCCUCCCUGCAACAACUUUUGCUUUUUCAAACCUUUCCUUAACCCCUGUCUAAAUCCUUGGCUUCUUGAAACUGUGUGUGUGUAUUUUUGCUAGAUCACAUGUGUAAUGUGUAAUGUUUAUUAUUCAAUCAAAAAAAUUGUUAAAACUUCUCCAAAUGCAAUGCAAAGUCUGUCCCUGCUAAUUCCCCAACCUAAAACGAGACAGAUCCCUCCAAUUCAGGUUACACCUUCCCACAUUAUGCCCUAUGUCUGAUGUUGCUUUUUAGUGCUAUCGUAUUAUUUUCAUUUAAUUUUUAAUCUGUGUAUUUAGUUUAUUUCAAAUUGUUAACUGCCCUGAGCACUGCUAUGUAAGGUGAGAGGAUGCUAUAAUUUAAGAAUAAAAAUAAAUAAAUAAAAUAAUGAUUGUACGCA